AUGUCUGCCGCACGAAGAGCCACCAUGGUCAUUGCUGCUAACCGUUUCUCUGUUUUCAAAUUGUCCAUGGUGAGAACUUCGACUAGCUUUCUGAGGUCCGCGAUAAUUUCCUCUUGUGAAGGAGGAGGAACUUCCUCGGACGACGAGGACGACGACGACGAUGGCGCGGGUGACGGACGAGGAGGCGAAGGAGGGGGAGGAACGAUGAAGGCCCCAGGGACGACCGGCGACGGGGAACGAAGGUCGACGACGGGAGGGACGCAAGGAGGACGAGGACCACGAGGAGGUGGGGACGGAGAUAACUCCCAUAAGGGAGCACCAGGACGAGCAGCGCGGAAAGAGACCGAAGGAGGGAGAGGGGGAGGAAGACCGGGAAGUUCGUCCGACGGCGAAGGAGAUGCUGUCACGAACACCGACCGACCAGCUGGCGGGGGCGACGGACACCGGAUGUACACGAUGCACAUCGUGUACCGCGGUUGGUCCCACAGGGACGGACACAGGGGAAGUCGGGGUGACGAGAUUCGAUCGCAUUCUUCGCCCUUGGGAGCCAGCUCCCACCUUCCAGGUUGGGCCGCGAGGAGGGCCAAGAGACUCGCCGAAGUUCUUACCGUUCCCGAACGAGGAACAGGCGAGGAAGAAGGGGCUUCAACCCGUACCCGUUUGCGAGCGGGGGUGGGCGAGGACAAAGCGGACGAAGAGGACGAGGACACCGAUAUUGGUGAAGAAUGUUGUCGAUGUCUCUUCUUAGGAGACCGAAGGAUGGAAGGUUUUCUUGAUGAACUCGCCUCUUUCGAGGGAGUCUUUCUCUUGGCCGGGGUCGAGGACGGACCGGCGACGGGAGCGGGAGGCGCGGAAGAAGAGGAAGGUGCCGACAGCGAAGGGAGAGCAGCCGACAAGGAAGAGAGACGGAGGCCAGCCGAACUGGCAAGGCGGCGGACGAAGGACGAAGGAGGAGCAGGAGGGGGAGACUGA